GUCGACGUUGCAGCGCGGUCAUCGUCCUACAGCGAACCUUCCUGAUCAACGACAACGAAUCACCCACAAGGUUGGACAAACACAUCAGCCACGGAGCAAUUCCAAAUCGAUCAAUCGGUCCAUCCACAUUGGCUCGACCGAGACUGCCAGCGACCAGUCUGCGCACAACUUGUGGCGCUGAGCUCUCGUUGCUUUCAGCGCCGAUCAUCCCCAAGCCUUUGAAGCGCCCUUCCACGCAGCUACCAUCGUUGCAGCUAUUCCUGGUCACGAGCAACAGCUCUAGAGGGCUACUUGUGUCGCCCCAUGCCCAUAGCGGCCAAGUUCGCUUCGUCGUUCCUCCGGUAUGCCGCUGCUGGUGCAGCGGCUGGAGGCGCGGCAGCCGGUGCUGCUGCACACAAUGGUGCACAAGGUAUUCGCAAUGCCUUCAGCUCGGGCGCAUCCUCAUCAGCUUCUUCGACAGCGCAAGGACUGAGCGGUAGUGGAAGUGGAGCUGGAAUCGGAGGCGCCAAGUAUCACGCUGGGCGGGGUGCGCAUUCACAUUUUCAGAGCUCGAGUCGUGCGCUCGCCAAUGCUUCCGCUUCGGGCUCGAACGAUGGAUCAACAGGAUUCGAUGAUGAGGAGGAGCUCGCGCACAGGCAACCGCAGAGGAGCUCACGCGCUCUCGCGCUCAGGCAGCAAAUAUCCCCAAGCGCUCAAUUUCAGAGACGCUUUGCCGAUGCCUUCAACAACACCAAGCAGCCAAUGCUCGUCGGCGCGCACGGCUGCGAGGCAUCAUCGCAUGCACGGCCAAGUCUCGAGCUGAGUCGCUCGAUCUCUACAGCUACCGCCCCAUCCUCCACCUCCACCACAGUGCCGCCAUCGCCACACAUUCAAGAUGUUUCGGGACGCCAGAAGAUGCGCUCGCGCUCCCUAUCGACAACUUCAGCUUCCGGCCGUGCGGAUCCCGAGGUCGUCGAGGCGGUCCAGCCGCCUCCUACCACAAGGCGUGCUGCUUCCACAUCCAAAGGCAUCAGAAUACCGACAGCGCGAAGCGAGCGCGAUACGGACUCACUGCAGCGGAGCGAGAAGGAACAACCGCUGCAUGCCGUCAAAUUCUCCAGUGAAAAACACUUCAUAGAGAAAAGUUCGACAAUCCAGACCAUCGAAAAUAGUUGCACUCAGUUAUUCCAUUUGCUUCGAGUUGGCGAACGACCCUCGUGGAUCAAAGUCAGAAUAACUGAAAUCGCUGGUCAGGUGCACAAAUUACCAAAGGAAGAAGCACUUCUUUCCACUUUGAAUCUAUGCCUUAGGCUACUAUCCGCAAGUCAGGAUGUGCUCGGCGCCACUGUCUCGGCUAAACUCGCCAUCGGCCUUUGGAAACGCCUUUUGGACGUGGAUCUCCUACCCGAUGGGCGCUCCUACGACUGCGUCAUCGCCUGUCUCUUGAACGCUGAGCGUUCGGAGCUGCUCAGCCAAGUCGGCCUCAGCGCUUUGCCAGAAAAAUUACCAUUGACAAGUGCGGAUCUGACUGCUCAAAUUGCAAGUGGAUCGCAGAACGUGGCAGCGGGUCGGCACUACUCUCUUGCAUGGAGACUCACCUGCGCUGCGCACGCCGCUGGUCACGCCGCACCAUGGCAGAGCUUCUUGGAGGUCGCUGCUCUGCGGGGUGACGUGCAAAAGUGCGAAAGGUUGCUCGAGAUGGGCAGACCUGCCGCCAGAGAUGCGCGCGAGCAUGCUCGAGCGUACGCUCCUUUGCUACACUCCAUCGUGGCCGCUCAAGCUCUGAUAGAGGAGCCAAGCGAUGCGCAGGGGCAGGCACCAACGCAACACCUGUUGCAAGUCUUUCAACAAGCGCAGUCGCAAAUAGAUGCUGACAUCAAGACUGACAAGCAUACAGACAACCUUUUCGAUGCUCUGGUCAGAGCCCACUUUGCAGCAAGCGAUGCACCAGGCGCUGUAGCUCUUCUGAGUCAGACGCUGCCUCCCGAUAAUUUCUCAGCGCAGGAUCUCGAAGGGGAUGCAGCGAAACUUCAAAUCAAGGUGGCCAGUGCGCGGGUGUCAAACUUUGUUCUGGGCUUUGUUCACUCAGGAGACGUUGCUUCUGCCUGCUCCUGGUACGAGCAGCACGCCAGCCUCACAAAAGGGAACCAUCAAAUGGCCCGAGGCCAUCUCUCAAAGCCAAGCCUCUACGAACUUUCAAAGCUCAUCGUGGACACUCUCAAGCAAGACGAUCCUGAGGCGUACACACGAGAUGCGCAACAGACUUUGCGACCUUUGCUGAUAGCCAACGAGGCUGCUGAAUCAGUAUUCGAUGGCCACGACAAUUCUCGACUAUCGCUACAGCAAGCGCCCGAAGCCCUCGCAACGCUCUUGCAUCUCAUUAUGCUCAAUGCAGCGACAGCCAAAGCGUUGUCAACUGGAGAAGAGCGUGAACACGCUACGCAGCUGCUGGAACGGAACAUCGCCUUGGUGCCUCUGGUCAGCGAGCCAAAGCGCUUAGGAGCUCGAGACGACGUUGAGGAUCAGAGUGCAGAGACAUUUGUCCACGCCGUGCUCCAGACCGUUGAUGGCCUUGCUGCGACGGGCAGAUCCACAGAUGCCGCUUCUACGCUCACAUGGAUUGCCCGCCGCGGACCUCGCUUGCAAGACGGCCGCCUGGGCGCAUUCGAUGAGCAGACGAGAUCGAAGCUGCAGGGAGCUGCACUUCAAAUCUUGAACUCCGCAGAUGCCAGUCCAGUCGCUUUGCUCGACUGUGCCUGUCGAUAUAUCUUCACCGCCACCUUUGCUUCGGUCGCUGACCUUUGGUCGAACGACGAGCUCGUAAAGCGCUUCACCGAACUUUUCCGGCUCUCUCGUCAUGAUUUGCCCACAGCAUGGAUUGAGGGCUUGACACUCACCGAACUCAAAUGCCUUCAAGAAGCGUUCGCCAUCGAAGAAGAACGUUUGCACUCGCAGGACCUCAACGCUUUCAAAGAAGACGGUCUUGGCAUGUUAUGGACCAGCUUGCUCGCCAAAUCGCAGCACGCUUCAGCGCUUGUCGGACGCGUACAAACAAUCGCAGCUCAGAGGCACGGCGAGCCUGGCCGACAAUUUGCUCAAAGCAUCGAUUCAAGCCCUUCCGCCGCUCAGCCUGCUGCGAGCGCGGCUUCGGCACCCGAGUCUGCCACUCUGCUCGACACUGCUAGCAGCGAGUCCAGUCACGACCAGCUGCGCUCGCCCGUCUCUACGGCACCGACAUCGGUUCUUGAGCACUCUAAUGCCGAGGAGGGCGCGGACGCGGCGCCCCAUUCCUUGUUGCCGCCCCCCGUGUUAGCUCCUUUGCCUGUUCGACCUCUUCCCGAGGUGCAGAUGAUCGAUCUCGACAAGAGUGCCCGAAUUCACGAUACUUUAUCGUCCGUCAAAAACCCUAGUAGGCGACACGAAGCCUGCGACCGAGCUUGGACGAGCGUGACAGAGUUGCUCUCCGAAGUGGGAAGCUACAUCGACAUCCCACCUAUGGAACUGCUGAUCGACGAUGCCGGACGACGAGGUAAGCUCGACCGUCUAUGGGAACUCUACAGCAUGGGCUCUGUUCUGGUGCAGUCGAUCGGAGGCGACCAGAAAUGGCAAGUCGAGUCCUGGUACAGAUUAGAAAACGCGGUGAUGGCCGCUCUGUCUCAUGCUGGUGAAACAGACGCUGCGUCCAUCUUCCGUCACCGCAUCAUCAACGCAGGGCGCGUACCCGAUGCCAGCGCGUACGGCGCGCUGAUUGCCAACAUCAACGACACUACCGACGAUGCCCUUGUUGCUCAGGAACUGUUUGCCGAGUCUCAGCGGCUUGGCUGCGUGCCUUCGGCUUACCUGUACACUGCUACCAUCUCGAAGCUCGCCCGAGCACGCAAGGCCGAGCUCGCUUUGCAACUCUUCCACGAGAUGCAAGAGCCAGGACGUGACCUCAAGCCCACUGUGGUGACCAUUGGUUCCGUCAUCAAUGCUUGCGUGCGCACGGGCGAUAUCGCGAAUGCUGAACGCAUUUUUGCAAUUCUGGAAGGCGAAACAAAUGCGAGGUCCCGGCGCUACCCACUGCGCCCGCCACCGUUCAAUACACUUAUACAGUACUUCGUCAACAAUGGAGAUCGCGAGAAAGCCCUUUUGUAUUACGAGAAAAUGCAAAGAUUGCGGGUGCAGCCAUCCGAGCACACUUACAAGCUCUUGCUUGACACUUUUGGUCUGCUGCAGCCUCCCAUGCUUCAAGAGAUGGAGUCUAUCUUCAAUCAGCUCGUGAUGGAUGGAGACGCGCAUGUCAACGGCACUCACUGGGCUUCGCUCAUCAACGCGUACGGUGCUGCGGACGUCGACAGGGCCAUCGCUGUCUUUGAGUCCAUCGCUCGACACCCGUCCACACUUGCACGUACAUCCUGGCAAGCCGGAGUGCAUUACAAACCAUCCAGCGCUAUGCCAGACUCUGUUGCUUACGAGGCUCUAUUGGGCGUGCUUUUGCAACACGGUCGCGUGGACCUGGUGCAGCAAUACAUCGACCGGAUGCGCGCGGACUCGAGCGUGGGCCUGACGGCAUAUGUGGCCAACCUCGUCAUUCGCGCUUUCAGUUCAGAAGGCACUAGCGAAGGGCUCGCCCGUGCUCGUGCAGUCUUCAACGAGAUGCGCGAUCCGCCUGUCGGUAUGGCUGCGAUCGGCAAUCAUCCGAUCGGACAUCGUCAACAUCACGCAGGCGCCGGUCCCAGCGAUGGCAUCUCGCACGAGCCUACCCCUGCAGAGGUCGCCCGAGCAUCUCAGCAUCACCUCGCGCAUGCCAUGCGCGACGUGCAGAAAGAGCCGAGCACCUGGCUCGAGCUCAUCAGAGCAGAGGUCGCAGCUGGUCAGAAGGCUGAAGCUGCUCGUCUGGCCGAUCGCAUGGCAGAGCGCGGCUAUCCAGCUGCCCUUGUGAUGCGUGGACGUGAGCUGCUGAGCCCUAUGACGGAACCGGACGCCUCGGCACCACAACCAGUGGCGGCGGCGUAAUGGAGCUUGCGGCAGGACACUUGGACGAAAAGAGUAUUCCUGAGCAUUCGAUAGCGACGGGUUGUCGAUUCUGCAAAUAAGACCAAACAGCGACUUUCACACACACAUCACCACUCUACAGCCACGAAGUUCUCGGCCUCCUUCUCAAGACCAAACAGUUCAAGCACUAAGGGGCGUCAGGGGCAUCGCGAUAACCAGACGCACGUGUACCAUAAGAGUCAUUCACCCACACAUUCCUCGCCGACCGCGUCCUGCGAUCGGUGCUGUACUCUCACUCUACUACCUCCUCAAAGCGUUGUCGCGAUGCACGCGUACUGCUCCAAAAUACAGAGAUGCCUUCGAAGCAG